CCGUCAGCAGUUCAAUGAUAGUUCUCCGUUUGACGUACGAUUUCUGUGGGGGAGGAGCAUAGGCGCUGUUUACUCACUCCAUCAGCGAUGACAGCGAUCAGCCGUCGUCCCCGCUGACAGAUUCAAGAUGGCUACGGAACGUUGUAGCGGAGAACAUCUCGGCAGCGACGAGAACCCGUGAUUUUUUCGCUACCUUCUUCUCCCCUUUGGUUUUUUACAUUAUCCACGAUAAUCCGCCCAUCGUGUGUCCUUCAACGUUUGUUUCACCAAGGCCUGCCCGCGCAUCCCUCCCGCAACGGUGCCGCUGAUGAAGAGCCGCGAAAAAAAUGGCGUCCUGCGACACUAGCUGAUUACAAGCACCUCCGAUAUCAGCGAGGAAGAUGACUUCUCAAACUCUUCGGCGUCUUCGCCCCUGACUGACGUGAAUCAACUGGCGAUUGUCAAUAUGACUCCUCAAUUGAAUCGGAAACGUGGCUCGUCUGUCAGCUUUACCCGAGCAAAGGACGAUAGCGAAGAUGCCGAGGAUGAGAUUCAUAUAUCUCUGGCACCAUAUGUACAAACAUAUCUGGCGCAUAGUAACCAGCGAUUGGGAUGCUGCGGUAUCAGUUUACCCGUGCCAUUCGAACGAGCAGCACCACGGUCCUGGUGGAAUCCCAAAUUUGAUUCGGAAAUCCUUGAGGAACAGUUUAAGAGAAGUGCCUUUCCUCAAAUUAGAUUAAGAUUUCGGUACGCUCUCACAUAUAUCUUGCUAGUGUCUUUAUCAUGGUUGACAUAUUUUGUGAUAAUUGGAUUAGGAAAUAAUACAUCAACGUGGGCAGUGAUAGCAGGUGUUUUCGGUAUUGUUGGCAUUAUGGUUUCGGCAGUCCUUUAUUUAACGCAUACAGACUAUUACAAAUGCUAUGUACUACCAAUUUCCUUGGGAGUUGCAACAACGCUCUGUUUCCUGUCUUUACUCUUCCUUGCCUUAGUACCACCUUACGUGGAUGGACUGACUCUGGUCGGACACUUCGCCUUAUGCUCCGAGAUCUUAUUAGUCAUUUAUACAGUGCUGCCGAUGCCGCUCUAUGCCUGCGUAGGAAUAUCCACACUGUACUCCUUCAUGUUUGAAUUCCUGACUGCCUAUUUGUAUGGCUCGAAGGACGCGCGACACAGAUUUUACACGAGUGAACGAAUUGUACAAAAUAAUACUUCAGGAAUUAACAAUACGAUGACAGAAGAGGAAGGGAGAACGUUGGUACUUACACACUCGUCUCUAAAUCCUCUAAGUGUUGCUGGUCUACAGAAUGUGAUACGUAAUUUUAGUGAUUUUACUACAGCAAUUAGUACAGAGGCGAUGUCGAGAUUGCGUGAAGCCAGAGAUACAGCGGAACCGAGAUACUCAGAAAAGGUGGCUCAACAUUUAUAUGAUGCCCUAAGCGACACGGAUGUCUUAACGAGAUUAAAUUCUAGCAUCCCAACCGUGAUGACGAUUACUAAUUCCACCGUAAAUUUAUCGCCUGUAGAUAAUUACGUUAACAAUAACUUAUUUAUCGAUGAUAUUGAUUUCUCUACGAAUCUCGCAAUAAGGAUCUUGAUGCAGAUUUGUAUUCAUUUGAUAGGAGUGCAUAUUUUAAUAAUGACUUUUGUGAGAAUGCGCGGUACGUUUAUGAAGGUCGGCCAAUCCUUGUUGGUCCGCCGACAGUUAGAAAUGGAAAAGCAACUGAAGGAGAAAAUGAUACACUCUGUUAUGCCGCCAAAGGUUGCGGAUUGGCUUAUGGAGGAGAGCGAGCGCGAGAGAGAGCGAGAGGACUCUUUAAAAAAGGGCUCGAUACCAUCUAAUAAUACGGACAUUCGUUCGUUGUUUCGUCCAUUCAAUAUGCAUUCAAUGGAGGAUGUCAGUAUUCUAUUCGCCGACAUUGUCGGAUUUACUAGGAUGAGCUCAAACAAAACCGCGGAGCAAUUAGUAGGCAUCUUAAACGAUUUGUUCGAACGUUUUGAUGAUCUCUGUGAACACCACGGUUGCGAAAAAAUUUCCACGUUGGGCGACUGUUAUUAUUGCGUAAGCGGAUGUCCAGAACCGAGAUCCGAUCAUGCAAAAUGUUGCAUAGAAAUGGGAUUAGCCAUGAUCGAAGCGAUUAAACAAUUUGACAUCGAAAGACGCGAGGGCGUAAACAUGAGAGUGGGUGUGCACACGGGCACAGUACUUUGUGGAAUCGUAGGCACAAAGAGAUUCAAAUUCGACGUUUGGUCGAAUGACGUAACCUUAGCAAAUAAGCUGGAGAGCACAGGAAAGCCCGGUCGUGUACAUCUGAGUGAAAACACUUUGAGAUUUUUGGGGGAUCAAUACAUUACAGAGAUUGGAGAAAUAGUCAAUGGUGUUAAAACUUACUUUAUCAGAGCACGUAAAUCGGACUUUGUGAAUCAAUUUAUCACGAACGUCACAUCACCCAAGAGUAUUUCGCCACUAUUGCAAUCGCGAAAUCGUCUGUCGUCGUGCAACAAUCAGGCUAAGCCGCGACAUCAUUAUCUCCAUAUGGUCACGAAUGCCAGCAAUUACAGAAUGAAGGCUAAUUCCUUGCCCAGUAUCUUGGAUUCCGAAAACGGUGGUGACAUCAUGGACGAAAAAGAAGAUUUGAACAAGAGUCCAACGUCUACCGCUAGUUAUGGCAAAAGGAAAGUGCGAAAUAAACCGUGGAGAUAUUUGCAGAGACAACGAACAACCGAAGAAAUGGCACCUCUAGAGAUAGAAGAGGGAAGAAAUAUCGCUAUGGAACGAGCAAAACCCGAUCUUCAGAUGUUUGAAGAAUGCAAUGGAUUUAGACGGGUCCCUCUAAACAGUAGCGUUGAAAUGGAUCCAAAUCCUGUACCUUCUAGUCCUUUAUUGUCUGGUCAAGAGCCGAUUAGUAACGCUUCUUCCAUUUGCAGUAGAAAAGACUCCGGUAUUAAGAGCAAUAGCAGGCGAAGUAGUAUACAACAACAGUUGUUCCUAAUGAAUAGCAUGACCCAAGGUGAUCUAUUGGGACACAGAGUCAGUGGCUAUUAUACUUCUAGUUCAACAUUAAACUCUACUCAUGAACCUUCGUCAUCGAUGCCCCCUUAUCCAUUUCCUCCGAUGGUAACUGAUACAUUCGGUGCAUGCUUUCAUAAAUUACGGAAGCAAUCCGAUCUCCAAUUAAUUAGGUGUGUCCAAGAUAAUGUGAGCUCUCAGCGUUCAUAUUUUGUUAAACCGCCAUUGUCGAGCGUUACUCUCUUUUUCAAGAAUAAGGAAAUGGAGAAGGAGUAUCGAGAGAACGCGCACAAGGCUAACGAGGGCAUUGGCGAUAACCCGCCUACCUUGGCCACCUCGAGAUUCAACACGUACAUCGACAUUUUGAUAUCAGCCUUGGUUUACACGGCCAUCACAAUCUCGCUGUUCCUUCUGUGUGAACCGACGAUUUACUACACCAUGUUCUCUAUGCUAGCCAUCACCGUUCAAGUGAUCGCGGUGUCACUCUGCAUUCGGCAACUUCUCUAUCCGAACACGACUCACGCAACGUUCACGCAAAGGAUCUUCAAGUUUUUCUCUCGGUGGUAUCCGUGGCAUGUGUGCGGCGCGGUUUUGGUUGGUUUACCGAUCAUUUCCAUCUUGCUGAAUUUCACGUGCAACAACUUCCGAAACCUCAACAACUUUGAGUAUUACUACAGUUACCUGAUCUUUGUUGGACUGGUCCACUUCUGCAAUUUUACGCAGCUCAACUGUUGGAUGAAAAAUCUGCUAGUCACUCUUACUGGCAUACUAUUUAUAUGUCUUGUGCUGAGUCACAUAUCACCAUAUCAGGCGAAUCUCAAUAAUAAUAAUAAUAAUAAUAAUAAUAAUAAUAAUAAUAACAACGGUGACAACAAUCAUAUCAACAACUCGCAGUUAGGCAUGCCGAAUUUUUUAAAAUUGUUUGCAAGUGAAUUGAACGAUGGGAACUUUGCAAUUGACACGAGAGAUUUUCUUUCCUCUACUAUUUCGACGAAAACAUCAUCAUCAGUCGCAAAAUAUAAAAGAGAAGCGCUGCCUACAACUCGUGAGAUUUCUUAUACCAAAUAUAACGAGAGAUUGUACAAUUCGGAGAUAUAUCUGGAUAUGGUGCUGUUACUACUGCUAGUCUGGUUCCUGAAUCGCGAGUUUGAGAUUAGUUACCGAUUGUGCUUCCACGGCAAUGCGGUGGCAGCACGCGAUAAGAUGCGCGUGCAGUCAAUGAAGAAUCAAGCCGAUUGGCUAUUACAUAACAUCAUACCCAAGCACGUGGCCGAUCAGCUGAAGACUACCGCAAAGUACUCGCAGAAUCAUAAAUCCGUGGGCAUCAUCUUUGCCAGUAUCGUUAACUUUAACGAACUGUAUGAUGAGUCGUAUUUAGGUGGUAAGGAGUAUUUACGCGUGCUCAACGAGCUUAUAGGCGAUUUUGAUGAGCUGCUGGAGAGGCCAGAGUAUGCAAAUGUUGAAAAGAUUAAGACGAUCGGCAGCACCUUUAUGGCUGCGAGCGGUUUGAAUCCGCAAGUGAGGGAGCAGAGUGAGCACGAGUACACGCAUCUGUUCCAAUUAGUGGAUUUUGCUGUGGCGAUGCACAAAGUGAUAUACGACUUCAAUCGGGAUCUGUUGGGUUUCAAGCUGAUCCUGCGAAUCGGUUUUAACUAUGGCGAUGUUACGGCUGGCGUGAUCGGCGCUACCAAGUUGUAUUAUGAUAUUUGGGGCGACGCGGUUAACAUAGCGUCGCGAAUGGAUUCCACUGGGGUCGCUGGUAGGAUACAAAUAGCCAGCAAUUGCCUGAACAUCUUGUCGGAACGAUACGAAUUUGAGCCGCGCGGACAGGUGUACGUCAAGGGCAAGGAUAAUAUGAAUGUAUUCCUGUUGAUAGGAAAGAAGAAGAACGCUAAUAUGACCGACAUUUGAAAAUUCAGCGUCGAUUAUACUGGUAUUUUCCUACGUGAUGAUUACAUGUCGAUAAUUGACGCUAUUUGCGGCCUGCAGCAAUUGCGUAACGUUUAGAUUUAUCUGUCCAUUUGGAUAUUUUUCAUAAU